UUAACGUAUUGGGCUGUCACGUGAUUGAGGAACGAGUCAAAAACCCGAUAUACUCGAACUAUGAACUAAUCAAUUCUGGGGAGUGGCGCCAAGAUGGCGUAGUGAUAAGGCGUUUUUCUUGAGUGGAGGUACGGCAACGUGUUUUCUUGCAAAAAUUAUGUAUGUAGUGCAUAUUUUCCCCCAAUUAUAAAUUGAAUAAUUUAUGGAUUCGUUACAAUAACAUAGAAAGACGAUUUGAACAUACAAAACAGAACUUUAUCGCUGUCGUCGAACAAUUCUGAAAAAUUAGCUUGCAAAAGGUCUGCUAGCAAAAUGUCGGUCAAAAAGCAGAUGUCUGCGCUGGAAGGGAUGGAAGUGGACCACACUAAAGAAAAGCGAAAAAUUGAGGAAACUCAUUCAUACGCCUGUAAAGUUGGAGGAAGAUGUGAAUCUUCUCCUAGUACACCAAGUAAGACCCCUGCACCGAAAAAAACAAAAAAUGUCGACCCAGCCGCGGCUUCAGAGCCAAGCUUAAUGGAAGUCCAGAACAACAUUAUUCAGAUUCUUUCAGAAAAAAUCAAUAACCGAGCUGACCACCUGGAAAUAAUGAUAAAGAACAACUCCAAAGAAAUUGAGAGCAUCUGCGAAAGUUUAAACUCGAUUCAUUCUGAUGUUAUGGGUCUGAAAAAUGAAAAUGAAAGUCUGAAAAAAGAAAAUAUGGAAAUGAAGAAAAAAGCUGCAGAACUGGAACAGCGGAUGAACGACCAGGAACGAUACAGCCGUAGGUGGUGCCUGCGACUUCAUGGGGUGGCUGAAAACUCCUCGGAAAAGGUGAAGGAGAGAGUGAAGGAGAUCUGCAGAGCUGUGGUCCCAGAGGAGCAGAGGAACGAAGUGACGGCGGCGGUGGACAUCGUACACCGACUCGGCCGACUCAGAGCCGCGGAGGAUCAGCGGGGGAAUCCACGGCCGAUCAUCAUCAGAUUUAUUUCAAGAACGGCGAGGGAUCUCAUUUGGAAACACGCCAGGCAGAGUCCCUUUCUGCAAACUCGAGGCUUACACUUCAAGGAGGAUCUCACAGCCGAUGGCAGAGAAAUACGUCCAACUUAGAUGUAGUCUAUAACAGGUAGUUCGUUUUGAAAAUGUUUACAUUUUGUUUAUAAAGUUUUUCAGCUUUAUCUUUUGUCGUGAUAAAGAAAAUCUUUACGGGGACUUUAGAGUUUGAUAAAUAAUUCCAGAGUGUAAUAUGUCUAUUUAACCCAAAUGUGAAAAUAGGAUGGUUUAUGCAAAAGUUCAAUUUAGUUAUGCAAGAAACCUAUAGAAAACACUUAAGUUAAACAAGUACUUUUGUCUUUUUUUUCUGGAUGUCUCUUUAUGUUUGUUCUGUCAAUGCCAGAGGUUUAAGAGAUUUACUUGUACUUGUAGAUUUACUUUGUACUGCAGAGCUAAAAAUGCAGACUUUUAUUUUACUCAAGAAACUCAUGCAUGUGCAGCAGAUGAAUCUUUUUGGAAGAACCAAUGGGGGAGUGAAAUAUGGUUUUCGAAUGGAGAUAAUCGAUCAGCAGGCGUGGCUAUUUUAAAAGGAAACUUUAAGGGGCAAAUUCUACAUAGUGAAAAAGACGUUUCAGGAAGAUUAAUUAUUUUAGUAUGUGAAUUGGAACAGAAACAAUUUAUAAUGGUUAAUAUUUAUGCCACCAAUGACAAAAUUAGAAAUCAGACUCUCUUUAAAAAUGUGGAGGCAAGAAUUUGUCAACUUAAUUUAAAAUUUUCAGAAGCUAAGGUCUUAUGGGGAGGUGAUUUUAAUACAGUUUUUGAUGAUAACUUGGAUAGAUGGCCUCCAAAACCUGCAAACAUAAAUUGUGAACUUAGAAAUACAUGUUUGCGUCUAGGACUUAUGGAUAUUUGGUGUGAAAGGAACAAAUCACAGAGAAUGUAUACUUGGAGCAAUAGAAGUCUGUCUUUGCAGUCACGCAUAGAUUUUUGGCUCAUUUCCAAUGACCUUGAAGAUAAGGUCAAAGAUGUGAUGAUAGAACCAGCCAUAUUAACUGACCAUAAACUUAUACUUAUUAAAAUUUACUUGAGCAAUUGUUUUUCUCAGAAUAAUACUUCCAGUUACUGGAAACUUAACAACUCAUUACUUAACAACUUAGAUUUUAAACUAGAAAUUAGUAGGAUCAUUGAAAAAUUUUGGAAACAAGCCUGUAAUUCUGGUAACUAUGGACAAAAUUGGGAACUAACAAAAUUUGAAAUUCGCAAGAUGGCUAUUAAAAAAGGGAAGUAUUUAGCAAAGCAAAAAAGAGAAAAUGAAUCACAAGUCAUUAAAGCAAUAUUAAAUUUACAAAUAAAAUCUAACGGUAAUCUUAAUGAACAUGAGAAAGAAAAUCUGAUUUUAUUACAAAGUAAACUAGACGAUAUAUACAUAGAAAAAACUAAAGGUGCCUUUGUGAGAUCCAGAUGUAAAUGGAUUGAAAAAGGAGAGAAAAAUACAAAGUACUUUUUUGGAUUAGAAAGGAGAAAUGCUGAAUAUAAUACAAUAAGUAAUUUGUCAGUCAAUGGAAGUAUUACCUAUAAUCAUAAAUUAAUCUCAAAACAUGUUUCUAGCUUUUAUAAGGAUUUAUACUCAUCUGCUUCCACAGGUUCUGGCAUAGAUUCUUUUUUAAAUAACAUCUCAACAAAUGCUAAGAAAAUAAAUGAAGAAUUUAGAGAGAUUUGU